ACUUCAGUGGACAGAGAAAAGAGGAACAGCAGGGAAGUGAAAGUAAAUCAUCCCUGCUGUUGCAUGUAGUAUUGAUAGAAGUGUAGGGAGUUCCCACUCUGUGUAUGUACUCCUCCUCCUUGCACCCUCCUCCCCCUGCUCUGGCUUCCUCUUUCACUACAAGGAAGAGGUGAUUGUAUUUGUAUUAGUUAGUACGACAAACUUUGCCACCAGCCCUGGAGAGCUCUGAUUGAAUCAAGGAAGAGGUUCAGAGGUCCUGGCCAUGGCUCAGUUAUAUCAGGAUGCUUCCAUUAAUGGGAUAGCAGCGGAUAUAGUUGGACCUGCACCUGCCCAGCAGGAAGAUCCGGGACUGGAUGGUGCUGAUGAACAGGUGAAGGAUAUCUUGGGCAACAAUGCUGAUUAUGAUGAGGAAGCGGAAGAGAAAAGAUACUACCGCCGGAAAAAACUUUUGACCAUAAAGAGUGUUAUUUCUGCAAGCUUGGCUGCUGCCAUAACAUACGGCGUAUAUUUGGGUCUCCUGCAGAUGCAGCUGAUUUUACAUUAUGAUGAGACAUACAGAGAUGUGAAAUAUGGAAAUAUGGGCCUGCAGGACAUCGAUAACAAGAUGCUGAUGGGCAUUAAUGUAACUCCAAUUGCCGCUCUGUUGUAUACCCCUGUUCUUAUCAGAUUUUUUGGUACAAAGUGGAUGCUAUUCCUCUCCUCUGGGAUCUAUGCCUUGUUUGUCUCUACCAAUUACUGGGAAAGAUACUACACCCUCGUCCCAUCAGCAACUGUCAUCGGAGUUAUGAUUGUCCCCUUCUGGACGUCAAUAGGGAAUUAUAUUACCAGGAUGGCUCAGAAGUAUUACGAAUAUGUGAACUACAAAGAAGAACACGCCAGGGAGCAGCGCCGUGUACCCAGAGGAGCCAGCCAUAAAUAUAUCAUCAUUUUUCAGAGCAUCUUCUAUUCCAUCUUCCAUUUGAGCUUUGUCCUGUCCCAGUUUCCUGUGUACUUCUUCCUCAACAAGUUCCUGAAUACAUAUAACCACACACUCUUCAACGUGCACGAAUGUGGUGCUUCAAUUCAACAUGGAGUCCUCCCAAAGGGGUUCAAUGUCACUGUCCUUCACUCUCUACCCCCUAGUAUCAGUCUCAUCUAUGUGGAAAGUGUUCUCAUGGGGGCAGCACUUCUAGCUAUGCUGCUGUUCUUGGUUCUCUGUGGCUCGGCAUAUCGCCCAACUGAGGAGAUUGACCUUCGCAGCAUAGGCUGGGGGAACAUCUUUCAAUUACCCUUCAAGCACUUUAGAGAUUACCGCUUGCGCUGCCUAGCUCCAUACUUCCUGUACAGCGGGUUUGAAGUCUUGUUUGCCUGCACAGGCUUUGUGCUGUGCUAUGGAGUGUGCUCCCUCGGCUUAGAAAAGCUUCCAUAUUUAAUCACAGUGUAUGGGUUAUCAGCCUCUGUCUUCUCCACCCUCGCCCUGUGUUUCCUUCACCUACCACGCCAAAUCCCCCUGACUGGGGGUGCCAUAGUGCACAUUUGCAUCCUGAUUGCCUUGAUGUUUUGGAGUCCACAACCCAAGCUGCAAACGCAGGGGCCUGCGCUUUAUGUGAUAGCAGUGCUUUGGGGUUUGGGCAGUGCCCUGAAUAAGACCGGCCUCAGCAUUUUAAUAGGGAUGUUCUAUGAGGAUAAAGAACGUCAAGACUUUGUAUUUACCAUUUACCACUGGCUCCAAGCUCUCGCCAUAUUUAUUGUCUACUUGUGGGCAGAGCUGCCAAUGAUGGCCAAACUUGGGAUUAUGCUUGCCUCAGCUUUAAUUUCUGUCCUUUCCUAUCUCUGGAUGGAGCGUAAAAUAAGCUCUAAAUGUAGGCCCCGCAUCCCCAAGAUCCCUGCCCCUCGCCACAAGAUGAAGGGUUACCGCUACUUGGAAGAAGAAAACUCUGACGAGUCAGAAUCGGAGGAGGGGAAUGAAAGUGGUGAGAGAUCUGGAAGUGAAGCGGAAAAUGACGAAGAAGAGCAACCAGCUCGAGCCCGGAGGAGGCGCAGGAAUGAAGAACACUGCUAUAAGCAGGCAAUAGAUGAGGAGUAAUGCAGGAGGAGGAGUAACCAUUUCCCCAAUCCAAAAAGACAAAAAAGAGAAUACAAUUGGUUGGGGUGGACAACAGACAGUUCUUUCUCCAAAACAUUAAUGAGGCCCUUUUUCUUUUAACCACUUAAGACCCGGACCAAUAUGCAGGUAAAGGACCAGGCCCCUUUUUGCAAUUCAGCACUGC